CAACUCUCCUUUCCCCGUCUAUCAACUCGACCUAAACGAUCUGUUCUUCGUUGAUCUCCAUUGGCAGAAUAUGUCAGCGGCUGCAUUGAGAUCUGGCUUAUCGCACCGAUUUCUCACAUCGCAUCUCUAUAGAACCCAGUUCUCUUCAAAUGCAACUUCAGGUUGCUUACGGAGUUCAGGAUAUCAUUCUUUUGAUAAUGUUGCAAGAGUACAAACUUCACAACUCUUCGGAAAUUUGGCGAGGAAUUUGAGUACUUUGACUGCCAAAAGGAGUAACUUCCUUGCUCCAUGUCAGAUGAGUUUUCGCAGUUUAAUCCAUUCUGGUGGUGGGAAUGAUACUGAGACUGGUAAAACUUCAGAGCCAAGGGAGUUAAUGAGCGGAACACAAGGUGUCGAGACUAAUAGAACUUCUAGGCCUAUGGACUUCGUGAGGGGAACACAAGAUACUGAGAUUGGUAGAACUUCUAGACCUAUGGACUUCGAAAGGGGAAUGCAAUAUACUGGGACCAGGAGGACUUCUAGGCCAAUGGACUUCGUGAAGGGAAUAUUAGAGGAAGAUAGAAGGAGCAUGAUAGGAGCUUCUCAUUUUCCUCAAUAUACUAUAGAGCAAAACGCUGAUUUUGUGCACAUAAAGCUGAUGCGUAAUAACACUUUUGUUACGGUGACGGAUUCAAAGGGAAAUACAAAAUGUAGGGCCUCAUCAGGAUGUUUGCCAGAAAUGAAAGGGGGGACAAAACUGUCUAGAUAUGCUUCUGAAGCAACUGCAGAACAUGUUGGACGACUGGCAAAACAGAUGGGGUUGAAGUCAGUAGUUGUGAAGGUAAAAGGGUUCACUUAUUUUAAGAAGAAAAGACAAGCAAUCAUGAGCUUUAGAGAAGGCUUUGCUAAUUCUCGGAGUGAUCAGAACCCCAUUGUUCACAUUGAAGACACAACUCGGCGUCCGCAUAAUGGAUGCCGACUUCCCAAGAAACGCAGGAUCUAAGUGCUAUUUAGUGAGAUACGAGUUCUAUGUUGUUGGCUAUCUUCUUUUGGGAGCCUUUUAGUUUGUAACUGUGAUCGAUUACCCCUUCUCUUGAUUUGAAGUCUAAAAGUCUUCCUUUCCCAUCUUUUUGGCUGCAUUUUCUGUCUUCUUUGAUUUAAUAAAUGAAUUUGCUUAUAUAGAGUGUAUUUCUCUAAUGUUUUCUUCUGGGAUUAUUCAUAAAAGUAAUUGUGGAGAAUAUGGUUCUGUUACUGCAAUGGAAAUAGUGGUUGUUAUCUUGC